AUGGAGGGCGGGCGGCGCGGAGAGGCCGCGGCGGCGGCGGCCGGGGACGGGCCCGCGCCCGUGUUCACCCUGGAGGAGGUGGCGAAGCGCAACUCCAGCCGUGAGGCCUGGCUGGUGAUCCACGGGCGCGUGUACGAUGUCACCCGGUUCCUGGAGGAGCACCCAGGUGGAGAAGAGGUGCUGCUUGAGCAAGCUGGCAGAGAUGCCACUGAGAGCUUUGAAGACGUGGGGCAUUCCACAGAUGCCAGGGAGAUGCUGAAGCAGUACUACAUCGGAGAGGUGCACCCGAGUGAUCGUGAAAAGCAAGGUUCUAAGAAUUCAAGUAGGACAUCCUCAGACCAAACCAGUUCCUGGUCAACAUGGCUGAUCCCCAUCUUUGGAGCACUGGUUUUAGGUUUAAUGUAUCGUUAUUACAUGGCAGAUGGGAAAAGCUCCUGAGCUGGCCUUGCUGGGGCCUCAGACAGCCUGAGAAGAGGGAGAGAGUGUGUGUGUGUGCAACACGUGGAGUUCUGCUGCCCUUAGCCUUCCUGCCUUGCUUUUAGCUCUGAGUCUGUCGAGUGAUGUUGAUAUCCAUGGGACCAAGCUAAUUCCAAACUCUGUCCUAACUCUGGGACCCACAGAUCUGUUGUACUUCCCUCUUGCCGUGGCAGGGAAAGAGGAACUCCUGUUAUUCCCUGCCCUUGGCGUGGUGUCCCUCACGCUCUCUCUCGCUCUCUCUCGCUCUCUGACAUUACCCCAGACAACCUUUUCUCUCAAUGCCUUUGCGUUAAGCCAGACACCAUGAAAGAGCUGCCCCGGGCCUGUGGCUCUGCCUCAGCCCUUCACACAGUCAGGAACCAUCUGCCAGUUGUCUCCAGCCCUUGCCAGCAAGGAUGUCCAGAGUUUGGUUCUGCAGGAACGUUCCCAGAGCGUGCAGGCAGCACCAGCUGGAGCUGCGGAGUUGUUGGGUUGGCCUCCUCUUUCUGUUCCUGUCUGUUUUUAACGGUUCAACAAAUACAUGGAUUUUAAAAGUGA